AUGGCUAUCGAAGCGUUGGCCACCUCCCUGGCCUCCCUCCAGCGACAAAUCACAUCACUAGCCCAGGUAACUCUCCAGAACCAGUGGGCCCUUGACCUGCUGACAGCAGAAGAGAGAGAUACCUGUCUGUUUCUUCAGGAGCAAUGCUGCUAUCACAUCAAUGAAACAGGCCUUGUGGAAGAAAAUGUCAACACUCUCUAUCGCCUCCAAGAGGACCUCCGCAAGAAGCAAAAUGCAUCAGUCUCGCCUCUCAACUGGUUAUUACAAGCCCUCAUGAGCGAAAUUUCCAGGGUGGCCCAAAGUAAAAAUGUUUUCAGACCAAAAAAAAAAAAAGCUAAGUAUCAUAAAACACUAAAAACAGAUGAUUAUAGAGCUUGGGACAUUCAUAAAAGUAAACUUUAUAAGCCAGAACAAACUUACCACCCCUCUACUGCAAAAUUUGGAAAUUCAGCGACAUUUCAGGAUGACUUUGUUCCUCAGGAGAUAAAGCCUAGGCAAAGCUUUAAACCUUCCUCUGUGGCCAAACGUUCUACAGCCCCUUUUAAUGGUAUUACAAGUCAUUGCCUUGAUUAUAUACCUCAUCGGCUUGAACUCAAGUUUGAAAGGCCAAAAGAAGUUUACAAACCAACUGAUCAACGCUUUGAGGAUCUCACAACUCACCAGCGUGACUUUCAGGGCCUUGUUGGUGAAACUGCAAAAAUCUGCAGACCUGUACACACCAGAGUGACGCAAAAUACUCAGUUUGAAGGUAACACUCAAUUCUGUGAAAGUUUUCAACCAUGGGAAAUCCCACCGCCUGAGGUCAAGAAAGUACCAGAGUAUGUGCCUCCUACAGGUAGCAUGCUGUUCAACAGCACAAGCCAUCUUGACUAUGUUCCGUAUCUGACUAACUGUGUUGUUCCCAUCAGGCCAGUUUCUCAAAAAAGUAGUAACUAUUUUCCUUUCCAAGGAAAAAGCACCAUGAAGGAAGAUUUUCCAGCAUGGGAAAGUUGUCGUCAAGGACUGAUUAGGAAGCAGCAGCAGCAGAUUCCCAACCCAUAUGGAAAAUUUGAUGGCUUGAGCACUUUCAGAUCUCACUAUGUGCCACAUGAAUUGAUUCCAACAGAGAGUUGCAAACCUUUAAAUACUGCUUUUAAGAGUUCUCUUCCAUUUGAUGAUGUAACUAUGUACUCUGUAGAGUACACACCAAAAAAACAGGAAAUCUGCCCAGCUAGCUAUCCCUCUCCUCCAGGUUAUAUUUUUGAAAAUACAAAUUCCCAAAGUCAUAAAUUCUUCCGCAAGAUUACUCCAGCAGUGAAGGCCUUCUAA